AUGUUCGGCCUCGGAAAACUCUUCCACUACGCGUUCGACGCGGUCCUUAUUAGUGCCUUCCUAGCCGGUGUGCGGAGGAGUACAGGCCUAACCCCAGCAUUAGCGCUGGUACCGAACAAGGAUAUACGUCAACUGCUGAAAAGCUAUCUUGAACUCGGAGAGUACACCUUCGACUUUGCCGUAGUGGUAUUUGGAGUAAGCCGUUGUAUCCUGGCUUCGUUUUCUAUGGGGUUGACACAGUACUGUAGCGGUCGAGCUCUUUUGAGCGCAAGCGUUAGACUUGACCAGGUCGACACAUCGUUCUGUACCCGCGGUACCGUCCGGCUGGUACGGAUUCCUCUACCCCGUCUGUACAGAAUGAGUUCUCAUGUUUGA